GAAGAGGAGGAGAAGGAAGUGUCCAGUCCCAGCCCAGGCUGGGGCUUGCCUCUGGUGGGACAGGAUUACCUGGACAUCCUCUCCGCCUGGUACUGCAGCUUCAGCGAGUGCUGCCAAACAGGAGACUGCAGGGUAGUCAACAAUAUCACAGGGCUAGCAGCAGACCUCAAUGGGCAGCUCCAUGGGCAACACUUGGCCAAAGAAGUGGUCAUCCGGGCAGUGCAAGGGUUCCUGCAGAGCCCACAGCCAGAGAAGGCUCUGGUCCUCUCCUUCCAUGGCUGGGCUGGCACGGGCAAGAACUUUGUGGCUCGGAUGGUGGCCAGUCACCUGUACCGGGACGGGCUGAAGAGCAAGUGCGUCAGGCUGUUCAUUUCACUCUUCCACUUCCCCCAUCACAUGUAUGUGGACUCGUACAAGGCUCAGCUGAAGCAGCAGAUCACCGAGACUGUGCAGCUCUGCAAGCAGCCCCUGUUCAUCUUCGAUGAGGCAGAGAAACUUCAUUUUGGCCUCCUGGAUGCCAUCAAGCCCUUCAUGGCUCCCUACAACAGCAGGAGCAAAGUGGAUUACCGGAGAUCCAUCUUCAUGUUCCUCAGCAACCUGGGCGGCAACACCAUCAAUGAGGUAGCCCUGGACGUCCGGCGAUCGGGCCAGGUGCGGGAGGAGAUCUCCAUGGAGCUCCUGGAACAGCGGCUGCGGCUGGAGCUGCAGGAGCCUGUGGAGAACAGUUAUGCCCACAGCCACCUCCUUGAAGAGAACCUCAUUGAUUUCAUUGUGCCGUUCCUUCCCCUGGAGUACCACCAUGUGAAGCUCUGCGCACGGGAUGCUUUCCUGGCCCGGGGACUUCCAUACACAGAGGCAGCCCUCGAUGAGGUGGCCAGGAUGAUGGUGUUUGUGCCCAAAGAGGAGAAGCUUUUCUCUGCACAGGGCUGCAAAUCUGUAUCCCAGCGCAUCAAUUACUUCCUUCCUUGA